AUGUCAAUAGAUCCAGAAACUCGUAGAAAGCUUUUAGUAUUACAAAAAAACGGUGGAAAUAAGAGAUGUAUCGAUUGUGGUGCUCCUAAUCCCCAAUGGGCUUCACCUAAAUUUGGAAUUUUCAUUUGUCUUGAAUGUGCUGGGGUACAUAGAGGUUUGGGAGUUCAUAUCUCGUUUGUUAGAUCUAUCACUAUGGAUCAAUUUAAACCUGAAGAAGUCCUUAGAAUGGAACACGGUGGUAACGAUAGUUUGAAACUGUACUUUGAAACCAAUGGUGUUGACUUGACUCUUCCAGCAAAACAAAAAUAUGACAAUUACGUGGCUGAAGAUUAUAAGGAAAGAUUGAGUUGUUUAGUUGAAGGUAAAGAUUUUGUUGCCAAAGAUCAUUCUGGAGAAUCUUUACCAACCAAAGAUUCUUUGGGUUCAAACCAAGCUAGUCAAACAUCAGCUCCACAGGAUGCUAUCCAAAACCGUCGUAGUAAUCCUCCAAAAUUAACCACAGAACAAAGAUUAAAGAAUGAAGCUUAUUUUGCUGAUUUAGGUAAUAAAAAUGAUUCCCGUCCUGAAGACUUACCACCAUCUCAAGGAGGUAAAUACGGAGGAUUUGGUAAUACUCCUCAACCAGCUGCUAAAGGUUCAUUCUCAAGUUUUACUUUAGAUAACUUACAAACUGAUCCUUUAGGUACUUUAUCAAAAGGAUGGGGUUUAUUCUCAUCAACUGUAGCUAAAUCUGUUAAUGAAGUUCAUGAAUCUGUUAUUAAACCAGGUUUGAAUCAAAUUCAACAAAGUGAUAUAAGUAGUGAAACCAAAAGAGCUAUGGCUCAAUUCGGUCAAAAAAUGACAGAAACUGGUAAAUAUGGUCAAGAAACUUUCCAAAGUUUCACAAAAGAGAUCCAAUCCAAUGGGUUCAAUAAAACUGUAGAUGCUAAAUUUGGUCACUUUUUCGAUAAUUUAACUGAUCAUCAAAAAGAAGAAGUUGAAACUGCUUUUGGAUUCCAAAAACCUAACCAAUCAACUAAUUUAGGUAGUGCUAGUGGAGGUAAAAAAGAUGAUGAUUGGGAUGAUUUUUAA